AUGGACGGAGAACCGUUCAUAGCAGACGUCAGGGUGAACGGCACAGACUUUGUGCCAUCUCUUGUCGACUAUGGCUGCCUCUGCUACGGCGCGGUCAGCAAGCGCACAUUUCACUCUCUCCAGUUGCCACAUAUACGCGUCCAGCCGCGCAUCUUGGAGAAUGCAGCGGGAGACGGCAAGGAGGUCAAAAUCGACAAGAUCACGUAUGUGUCGAUCGACCUCGAUGGACAUCAGCAGCAUCGUGUUUUCAUGUACGUCAUCGACGAUCUGAACUGGGAUAUGAUCCUGGGUAAACGAUGGAUGGAAGACCAGGAUGUUCACAUCCAUGCGAAGGAAGGAUAUCUCGAGAUCGGGUCCAAUGGAGUCCAAGUACGAGACCGACGACGUUACCAGCCUCCUCAGCUAGACGUCUCUAAUGUCAUGGCCGCAACCUUUUUAGCAGAAGCACGCCGUGACAAACGCAAAGGCGGCAUUGGAGUUCACUCGGUCACAAUGGCGGAUAUUGACAAGGCCCUAAGACCGAAACCGAAGACUGACGUAAUGGAGAAGCUGCCACCACAGUACCACAAGUGGUCUCGAGCUUUCUCUCAGCAACUGGCCGACCAGCUGCCCCCUCAUCGGCCAGGUGUGGACCUGAAGAUCGAAGAGCUAUUGGUGCUACGAAAGACCCUCACAGAACUACUCGACAAGGGAUUUAUUAGAGUCAGCAGCUCGCCAGCCGCAGCACCAGUCCUUAUGAGGGACCGCUAUCCCUUGCCUUUACUGAGCGAGACCUUGCGAACGAUAGCCAAGGCAAGGUGGUUCACCAAGGUAGAUGUUAUAGCAGCGUUCCAUAAGAUCAGGGUCGCCCCUGGCGACGAAGAAAAGACAGCCUUCAGAACGCGCUAUGGAUCCUUCGAAUGGCUGGUAGUUCCAUUCGGCCUGACAGGCGCACCAGCAGCCUUUCAGCGGUAUAUUAACAGCGUGCUCCAGGAUUACCUCGAUGAUUUUGUGUCAGCGUAUAUCGACGAUGUCCUGAUCUUCUCCUCUGGAAGCCUGCAAGACCACCGCGACAAAGUCGGCAAGGUCCUCCAACGACUGAUGGACGCUGGGCUGCAACUGGACAUCAACAAGACGGAGCCGCUAACGCGGCUAACGAAGAAGGACGUGCCAUUCCGUUGGGAUGGAUUGUGCGAAGAAGCCUUCGAGAAGCUCAAGAACCUGUUGAUCACGGCCCCGAUCCUUGCACACUUCCAUCCAGAAAGGGAGACUAUCGUGGAAGCGGACGCUUCAGGAUUCGCGUCGGGAGGCAAACAUUCGGCAGCCGAAGCGAACUACGCUAUCCAUGACAAGGAGCUACUCGCCAUUCUCAGAUGUUUGGAGCAGUGGGAACCAGAGCUACGGGCAGUAGAGCACUUCAAGAUCCUAACGGACCACAAGAACCUGAGAUACUUCUACUCGGAAAGGAGGUUGACAGAGAGACAAGUGCGGUGGUCGGAGUUCCUGUCCAAGUUCCAAUUCAAGCUCGAAUGGAGGCCGGGCCGCAAGGGCGGAUUGCCUGACGCGCUCUCGACGGGACCAGGAUAUGCCGGCAAACUACUCCGAUGA